GUUACUGCUGAUCCCCUCGUCGCUCUCCACCAUGAUCCUGUACCUGCUCUUUGCUUUUCUUACGCUCGGUGUUGCGGGAUCACAAGCAGCCAACAUGACAGAGGUACAGCUGAGCAAAGCUGAGGGGAACCAAACAUUCAGCGAGCCCUCCGCUGGCAACAGUACAAUGAAACUCAGCAACACGACAUCCAGUUUGGACAAAGACACGAUGAACGAACUGCAGAACAACCAAACAUCUACUCUUAUCACAGAGGAUGACGAGAAUUUUCAGGAGCAGGAAACUGAGUUCCCAGGCAGACGAUGCAAACAGGACUUAUUGGUAGAAUACAGUCACGGACUUUGUGGGGCAGUUUUUCACAUGGCAAUGCUGUCAAUCACCGAAAACUGGUGUGUAAUGGAAAAUAUCAUCAGACCAUACAACAACAUGACGCUAUGCUUGGAGAUGUUGUCUGGUGUGUUUGGCUGCUAUUACCCAAACCCCAGCAUUCAAGACUUCUUCAUCGACAUCCACACUCAGUACUUCCAGAACUGUUCUUGGGAGGAGCCUCUGCUUGUGGAUGCUCCUCAGAAUGUGGUGAUCGCCCUCACUCUCAUCCCUGUGAGCCUCCUCCCCUUACUGAUUUAUCUGAUGGUUUGGAGAAUCAAUGUCCAAAAAUGAGUCGUGUUAGACAGGCAUUUUAUUUAUGAGAAUAUGCCCCAGAAACUGCUGUAAAAAUAUAUAUAUAUGAAAUAUUUAAUAAUCCAGUUUACUGGGAAAUUUAAAGGUGAGUAAGUUAUGAAGUUAUGAAAUGAGGACAGCAACCAUGUCUGUAAACAGUGUUUUACUUUUAUAUGUUUUCUAUAUGUGUUACAUUGUGUAUUAAAGGAAUAGUUUUGGAUAUUUUAGGAAAGAUGCUUAUUCACUUUCUGGCAGAGAGUUAGAUGAGAACAUUGAUUCCACGCUCACGCUGUGGGUUAGCUUAGCACAAAGACUGGAAAGAGAGGGGAAACAGAUGGCUGACUCUGUUGGAAGGAAACAAAAUGUGCCUAUCAGCACCUCUACAGCUCAAUCAUUAACAUAUAUCAACAGUAUAUAUAUUUACAACAACAUAUCUUAAACAAACUUUAUUUUUACACUUUGGAUUGUGGAUUUAGUUACCUCCAUGCAGAGCCCCUGUUUCCCCUGACUGUAGCUUCAUGUUUAAAUGACAGAUAGGAGAGUGGUGUCAAUCUCGCCAUCUAACUCUAAGUAAUACACUAUAUACCAUGAAUACAUCCAGUGCAGAUAUAUGACAGCGACAUAUUUUUUCUUGUGUAGGCUGCAGAUAAACAGUGUAGCAAUCUUAUGAAGAGGAAAGAAAUUGAAGAAGUUAUAUAAUCCUUAAGAUGUGAUCUUAUUUAAUGUUUGGUGUCACAUUCUUUGACCCACAGAAAUCAAUAGAUACUUGGUACACUGCAUGACCGAAAGGAUGUGGACACUCUAACAUGACCCUAAUGUGAUUGAUUGACAGUCUCGACUCUCCUGAGAAGUCUUUCCUCCAGAUUUUGCUGUUAAUCCAACAAUCAGCAAGUUGGUUUUCCAGUUCCUCCUAAAGGUGUAGGAUGGAGUUAAGGUCAGGGCCCUGUGCAGACCAAUAUCCUAAAACUUUCUGGCUUUAUAUUUACUGUACAAAGGCACACAUUUGGCAAACCUCAGUGAAACACCUGUAUAUGUAAAUGUAUGAUAUUGUGAAUUUUCAGUAAAUAAAGUUUGAAUUAUUUUG